CGCGUCCCAUGCGCUCCGCCCGCCGCCGGGCAUGGAGUAGUGGCGCAGCUCGGGGCGCGGGGACAGACGCGCACAGACGGCGAAGACACCGGCGGCUCCAGGUGACCAGCCCGGCCCCGGCGCGCAGCGAGCCCAGCUCCUGGCGCGCGUCGGAGCCUCCCACCCCGCGGCCCCGAGCGCACGAUGCGCGGACCCGGGCGCCCGCUCCUCCUGGGGCUGCUCCUGGUCCUGGGGGCGGCGGGGCGCGGCCGGGGGGGCGCGGAGCCCCGGGAGCCGGCGGACGGGCGCGCGCUGCUGCGGCUGGUGGCGGAGAUCGUCCAGGAGCUGCGGAGGCACCACGCGGCGGAGCUCAAGGGCCUGCAGCUCCUCGGGCGGGACUGCGCCCUGGGCCGCUCGGAGGCGGCGGGGCUGGGGCCUGCGCCCGAGCAGCGAGUGGAAAUUGUUCCUCGAGAUCUGAGUUUGAAGGACAAGUUUCUAAAACACCUUACAGGUCGUCUUUAUUUUAGUCCAAAGUGCAGCAAACACUUCCAUAGACUUUAUCACAACACCAGAGACUGCACCAUUCCUGCAUACUAUAAAAGAUGUGCCAGGCUUCUUACCCGGCUGGCUGUCAGUCCAGUGUGCAUGGAGGAUAAGAUUGAUUUCUUCAAAUUCCAAAAGGUUUAAACGGCAAAGAAAUUGUUACCUGGUCACCACAGUGUAGAUACAGUGCGGAGUUUUGCUGAGCUUGGCAGGCCUCAGUGAGACAGCAGAGGGCAGGGCAGGCGUCCCAGGGUGCCCACGCUCCUGCGACGAGGUGGCAUCGGGAGGGCCCUGUGGUCCCCAGUUCCGGUUCCACUGGUUGACAACCGGCCACACGCGCUUCUUUCUGUCCUGACACACGAGGACGGCAGGGCAAGACCGCAAGCCAUGACCUUGUCUUCUUAAAGAAAGGCCCACAGCUGAGAAAAGCAGGUCUUCAGCAGGAAAGGCUUUGCCCUCCUCAUCUCAGAGCAAAUCCAUUUGCCAGUUUCUGAAGCUCAUUAAUAGACCCCUUCAGGCCAAAGAGAACAGUGUCCCAGCUGCCCUCCCUAAGUCACAGACACACUUUACUGUCCAGACUUGCAGGUCAGUAAUGAGAAGCCUGAGCUCUCAAGAAUUGGAGUUUUGAGUAGUGAGUACGGAGUGUAUGCUCCCAGAUGCAGCCUAAUCUUAGGAACCUUGAAGUGUAUCAUUCUUUUAAAAAUAAAUACCAAUGGUUUCGACAUUUCAGCACAGAAUGCUAGAAACAAAUGUCUAAUCUUGAUUAUCCUGUGAACACUGAGGCUGCAGCACUACCAGGUAAACCCCUGUGGCCUGGACUACUGAGGCUUCUGAUUGCUUUAACAUUGCAGCCACGCAGUUAACUGAUAAACCCCUGUGGCCUGGACUGCUGAGGCUUCUGAUUGCUUUAACAUCGCAGCCACGCAGUUAACUGAUAAAUCCCUGUGGCCUGGACUACUGAGGCUUCUGAUUGCUUUAACAUCGCAGCCACGCAGUUAACUGAUAAAUCCCUGUGGCCUGGACUACUGAGGCUUCUGAUUGCUUUAACAUCGCAGCCACGCAGUUAACUGCAGAAAAGGGUUAUUUUUCAAAAUACAAGACUGCGCUUUUUGGAACACAGAGAAACACAGAUGCACUCUUAGACGGCCUGUGUUUGUAAACCCGGUGUCCCCUAACUGAAGUGCCAGGUCUUCUGUAAUUCAUGGUAAGAAGUGUGCAGAGUCCUAUCAAACGGAAUGUACUUGUUUUCAGCACUGAGCACAGCUGUGCAGGAGCCGCACACCAGGAGCCAUGAGAAGUGCCUUGGAAACCAACAGGGGAACAGAACUGUCUUUCUACAUCCCCUCAUGGACAAGAGAUUUAUUUUUGCAGACAGACUCUUCCAUAAGUCCUUUGAGUUUUGUAUGCUGUUGACAGUGUUUGCAGAUAUAUAUUCGAUAAAUCAGCGUACUUGACAGUGAUAUCUGCCACUCUUAUUUUUUAAAAACACAAAAGGAAUGCUCCACAUUUGGUGUAUAGUGCUAUAAAACAAAUGCAGAGAAUAUUUCAUUUUCUUGAUUGGGUGAAAUUGCAAAAAAGAUUCCUUUAGAAACAUUAAGCAGAAUCUUAAAGUAUAUUUUCAUAUAGCAUAUGGUAUGAUUUGAUAUUCCGUAUUACUUUCACAAUUCCCAGAGUAUUAUUUGGAAUGGCAUAAAAAAUUAAAAUUUCCGUCAUGUUUUAGAGACAGUGGAGUGUAAGUCUAUGGACAUAUCCAGCUUAAUUCUGUUGGUUCUUUGUAUAAUAAAUGUAAAAUAGUAUUCCAGCUAUUGUGCAAUAUGUAAAUACUGUAAAUAAACACAAGUAAUAAAUGAAGUGUUUGUUAUAAUGAA